AUGCCAAUAUUUGACGUAAAGAAUAAUAUCGUACAAGAGCCACUUAGUGACGCACUUUCGAUUCCUGUUCCUACGCGUGUUUCACAAAACAAAAUUCAAAGUAACAAUGCAAUUAUUACUCUUCCACGCGAACCAUCGGUUGUAAAUAACCAUUCAGAACCGAUUCAAACAGUGCAGCAACUAAAUGCAUUAUCAUCUACUGAACCGACAACUUCAUUCCCUGUCGUCAAUGAACCGACAGAAAAGAAAUUCAAACAAGAACAGCCACAGCAACAAAUAAUUCAACGAAGUACUUCUCAUUUGGAUACAUCUGAAUUACCUAAACAUAGCAAAACAAUGAUUGGUGAGGCUGUUGUUAUUUCUCGGUCUACUAUGAACCGAAAUGAUCCAAGAUGUUUGAAAAAUCAUUAUACUUCAUCAUUUCGACCUAAUCGUUCCAUAGUUGAACAUAAUGGAAAACAAUUUAUUGUUGAAUUUGCACAACGUGCAGAAUGCCGUUAUGUACAAUAUAUGGAUGAAAAGACAAAUCAAAUGAGAUAUUUUGAAGUCGUUGAUUGUAUGCCAAGUACAAUAAUACGGCCAUAUAGAUACAAGUCUCAACCACUGUCACGAAAUGAUACGCCUCGUCUUGAUCAUCGAUCGAAUCAGUGUCUUGCUCUUCAGCAAAUUCCAAGUGAUCGAUCACAAGCAGUAACACCUUCAAGUUUCAUUGAUAAACGAGAUUUAAAAUCAUCGUCAUUUGGUCUACAUAUUCCAACUUACUCCGAUUAUAAUGAAUCUCCUACUACAACUUAUUCUCUUGAUUCAGGUGAAGAAACUGAAGCGAUAAAUAAUCAAAGAAUUGAUCGAAUAUUGAGAUCGAGCGGAAUUUGGAGUGAUUACAAGCAACCGUAUCCAUUUUUAUUCAGUAAUCAUAAUACUACAGUAUUUUUAAAUGGAGCAAUUGGCAGAUACGAUUUGCCAACGCCAUAUAAUCCAUUUGUUCGAUCGUUAUAUCCAAGUGAUUAUCAUCACUGUCGAAAACAAUGUACUCUAAACAACUGUGCAGAGCCAAUUAUGUAA